ACAAACAUGUCGGCGAACGCGAGUGUCCUGGAAGAUUUACAGUCUCAGCUUGAAGUUGCGCACAUCCCUUUUGAAAACUUGUCAACUUUAGUGCAGACUGGAGAUGAACGGCUUGUGGAGGAGUUCCUCACAGAGAACAUUAAGGUAGAGGGAAGUGGUACUCAACUGCUGCAGUCUCAGCUAUACAUAGCAUCAUUUUGGGGCAUGAAAGACAUUGUUAAAGAACUGUUGAACAGGGGAGCUGCGCCCAACCACCAGAAUAAGAGGACGUUAUGGACACCCCUGCAUGCUGCUACAUUCCAGGAACAUGGCCCAGUUGUCAUGGUGUUAUUGGAGCAUGGAGCUGAUCCACAAGUGAAAGACUUCGAAGGAAGGUCCCCAAAAGACUUUGCGUCGGCCUCCGAGAAAAUCUGGCCUCAUUUUGCUGCCCUUGGGCUGCAGAGAACUAGCAAACAGCAGCUGAUAGACAAGGGUGUCAUCAGGAAGAUAUCCCUGCCCUCACAGAGUUAUACAGGAGGCCAUUAUAGACUGACAUCUUACGACAGACCGGAGUCCACCUAUGCCUUUUAUGAAGACUCGUCUUUAGCUGCAGCUGUCAAUGGAGACGUGUUAGCUGAUGAUGAACAGGGGAAGCAACCCACGCAACAGCCACAGUUUAUGAUGUGGCGGUGAUAGUUAUCUCCCCUCAUUACACGCUCCCCCUAGUCAAAACGUCCAAUGUUGUAAAUUUUCCAAAGUUUAUUUAUGAAAGCGAGUAUUAUAGGUAUAUAAUGUUAAUCUUCAAGAGUAUGACAAUGUCUGUCAAUUAUUUUGAGAAUUUUUGUAUUUAUUUAUUUUUAUUUAUAUACACAUUGUUUUAUCACUGCCAUACCUGAAUGCCAGUCAGUGUAACUGUAAACUGCGGCAAAAUAUUUUCAACAUUCCUCUUAAUGCGCUUUUUUCAUUUUUAUUGUAAAACGACUCGAAAAGUUGUUCAUUUUUAAAGUUGUCCAUGUAUGAUGAAGUUUGUUGUGUUGCUUUUUUUUUUACUUACUGCACCUAAGUAAUGGAAUAUCCGAAUAGGUUAUCGCACAUUCUAUUUUAUAUAAUUCCACCACUGCUGUUCUGUUGUUCAUGUUGGACGUGCGUCAUUUAACUUGAUACUCUUUAAGAUUGCAGAGAACAAAUGAAUGAAAUUUCUUUUUAUUUGUUAGAAAAUUUUAAAUCACAUAACUUACAAAAUCUUAACCACAGAAGCUGUCAGAAAAUGGCACAGCUUUGUGUCAUUCUUUGCAAGCUUAAAGUCUACUGUUAUUCAAUAAAGUUUUGGAGCUUUACUGGGUAUAGGGAAUAUUUUCACAUGUCUUAACAAGAAGAACAUAUGUCGACAAUUAUGGGAUUGUCUUCAAGUUGGAUACUGUUUUGUUUUAGAUCUUACACUCCAUGGGUUUUUUUUAUUCCGUCCGUCUGUGACUGUGAUAUGCAAACUAAUGCAAGCAUAAGCAUGUUUUUGUAAAUGGAAAAUAAA